AUGCAAGCGACGAACGGAUACGACAAGAAGCUGCUGCUCGGCUCUAGCGGCGCUGGGAAGGUGUACCUCGGCCACCUCCCGUCGGGGCAGCGCGUGGCUAUCAAGAAGAUCUACCGGUCCAAGAAGGUGUCGGAGUUCUACGCGGAGGUGGCCGUGCUCGCCAAAAUACAUAUAUUUAGAUUAAGAAAGAGAAGAAAUACACCAAAUGUUAUGAAAAUCAAGAGACCGGAGGGUUAUUUUUAUGAAGUCGAUGUUUGAAGUCCUAAAUUUACAGAGUGCGUUGUUUGGAGUCCUAAAUAUACAAUUUUCUCGACGCUCCCAUGGCAGAAAUCGCAUUCACACCCGCCGUGUACUACACCCAUCUCCAUCCUCGUCGUCGUCACUGUGCUCCACAAGAAGCUGCUGAGGUCGUCCUUGUUCUCCCGUCACGGCGCCGGCGGCUUGAAUCUGCCUCCAGGCCCAUGGCCGCUGCCGGUCAUCGGGAACCUUCACUACCUUCUCGGCGCGCUGCCGCACCACGCCAUGCGGGCGCUGGCGCAGAGAUACGGCCCCGUCAUGCAACUCCGCCUCGGGCACGUCCCCACUGUGGUGGUCUCCUCCCCGGAGGCGGCGAAGGAGGUCCUCAAGACCCACGACGCCGUGUUCGCUAACCGGCCGCUCUACGUGAGCAUGGACAUCUUCACCUACGGCGGCCGGAACAUCAGCUUCGCGCCGUACGGCAGCCGGCACUGGAAGGAGAUCCGCCGGCUCUGCGCCACGGAGCUGCUGGGCCCCAAGCGCGUGCUGUCCUUCCGCCCCGUCCGGGAGGAGGAGGCGGCGAGCCUUGUCCGGUCCGUGUCCGUCGCGGCGGCGGCGUCGCCGGCGGCAGUGGUGAACGUCACCGAGAGGGUCAAGGUCCUGAUGAACGACAUCCUCAUGAGGUGCGUCAUCGGCGACACGUGCCCGAUGAGAGAGCAGUACAUCCAGGAGCUUGACAAGGGGCUGGAGCUCAUGGCGGGGUUCAACCUCAUCGACCUCUUCCCGGGGUCGCGCCUCGCCCGGGCGCUCGGCGCCGGCUCCCUGCGCGCUGUCACGCAGGUGCACCACAGGAUCCAUCACAUAAUGCAAGCCAUCAUCCAGCACCAUGCAAACAAUGGAGGCGGCGACGGCGGCGGCGCUGGACGUAGAGAGGAUAUUCUUGCCGUUCUGCUACGGCUUCAGAAGGACGGCGAUGGCGACGGCGGUGGCGGUGGCAGGCUGGGGACCAUCCUCACAGCAGAAGUUCUCAGCGGCGCCUUGUUCGAUCUCUUCGCCGCCGGCUCAGAGACUACGGCGACGACGACGAUCUGGGCGAUGUCCGAGCUCGUCAGGAAUCCGCGCGCGAUGCAUCGAGCUCAGUCAGAAGUCCGGCGAGUCCUCGAGGGAAGAGGACGGGUGGCAGAGGCAGACAUCGAGGGGCGCCUCCCCUACCUGCAGACGGUGAUCAAGGAGACGCUCAGGCUGCACCCUCCAGUGCCGCUGAUCCUCCCACGGCUGUGCUCUGAGUCCACUGAGGUUCUGGGCUUCCACGUGCCUCAGGGCACCACGGUGUUCGUCAACGUGUGGGCAAUCAGCAGGGACGAAAGGUCGUGGCCUGACGCCGACGAGUUCAAGCCUGAGAGGUUCGAGGACGGCGCCACGGUGGAUCUUGGCGGCACGGACGACUUCAGGUUCCUUCCCGGCGGCGCCGGCCGUAGGAUGUGCCCGGGCAUGGCGUUUGGUCUGGCCAACAUUGAGAUCGUGCUCGCGAGCCUCCUGUAUCACUUCGACUGGAAGCUGCCUGGCGGAGCAAAUCCGUGUGAGAUGGACAUGGCUGAAUCGUAUGGAAUCACGGCGCGCCGGAAGUCUGAUCUCUUGUUGGAAGCUGUUCCAUGUGUUCCUCCACUAAUGGAUCAUCAGAAUCUUCGCGCUCGUGAUUGA